AUGGGGGUUGUGGUGGAAGCACCCAUCCCUAAGCACAUCACAGGCAUCUAUGUGUUUGCUGUUGUCAACCUCCUGCUAAUGUUGUGUAUCUCUACGGUGGAUGCAGACAUUAUUGUGAGAGAUACAUUAUCAAAUGAAACUGCUGCAGAAUAUUCAGAUACACCGGCAAAGUUUGGACCUGACUUCCCCGCCGAAGGUUUUGAGGGUCGUUUAGUGUAUGCUGAGCCAGACCCGGAGGCCUGUGGCACAUUGAACCCCCCACCAUCUGACAAUGACACAUAUCCCUGGAUUCUUUUGAUAGCUAGGGGAGGCUACUGCCAGUUUUCUGACAAGGUGUUAAAUGCACAGCUUCACAAUUACUCAGCGGUUAUAGUGCACAACUAUGAACACAAGGAAGGUCGCAUUCCUAUGGGAGGAGGUAAUAAUGGCUCUAGAGUAAGAAUACCAUCAACUUUUAUUGGCUGGAGCAAUGGAAUGGAUUUGAGAAAGUUAUAUGAUUAUAAACACAAGGAGUACAUCGUCCGAAUCUGGGAAGAUGAUUCAGUGGAUUACAGCAAUUAUUUCUGGCCAUUCCUGCUGGUCAUGGCAAUUUGCAUUCUCAUGGUGAUGAUAUUCCUGCUUCUUAAAUUCCUGAGAGAUCAUGCAACUCGGAGAUUGAGCCGUUUGUCCAACAGGCACCUCAAGAAAAUUCCAGUUCGGAAAUUUAAGAAAGGCGACUACUAUGAUACCUGUGCUAUAUGUCUGGAAGAGUAUGAGGAAGGGGAGAAGAUUCGAGUCCUGCCCUGUGACCAUGAGGGCCAUCAGAGAGAUGUUCGAGAUAAUACAGUUUCUGGUGUUAGGGAGGUGACUCCUUUACUAGUCAGAAUAGAUGAGGGAAAGGAUGAAGAGUCUCACUCAAACCCGGGCAUCUCUGGAAGUCACACGGUAGUGAAUCCGGCAGUGGCCAGAAGACGGGAAAUGAAUGAGGUC